GGAGGGGAAUGAGGCAGGAGCGAGUUGGUGGACAGGAGGAAAACAUUAGCUCUCAAUCCUUCACGUAGUUGGGAUACUUUUCACUGUCGAAGAGGCAGGGAAGCCACAGCUCAGACUGCACCUCCACCAAGCCAGGACGCACGAUCGGUAUGAUGGGCAGAUAGCAGGAGGAGGAAGAAGAGGAAAAGAAGAUGUCAUUCUUUGGGCUGGACUGUGUCAGGAAGAAAGAGAGGGAGCUGGAAAGGAAAAUCAGAGCAAACGACCGCGAGUACAAUCUCUCCUUUAAAUAUGCGACAAAUGCCAUCAAAACCUCCAAGUACAACUUCUUCACCUUCCUACCUCUCAACUUGUUUGAGCAGUUCCAGAGGAUCGCUAAUGCUUACUUCCUGUUCCUGCUGGUGCUCCAGGUGAUUCCUCAGAUUUCCUCGCUGUCCUGGUUCACCACUGUCGUCCCCCUGAUCCUCGUGCUGACAGUCACCGCUGCCAAGGAUGCAACUGAUGAUAUUAAUCGCCACAGGAGCGACAAUCGAGUUAACAACCGAAAAGUCCAAGUCCUUAUUGAUAGAAAGCUACGGAGUGAGAAAUGGAUGAAUGUCCAAGUGGGAGACAUCAUCAAACUAGAAAACAACCAGUUUGUUACAGCAGACCUCUUGUUGCUCUCCAGCAGUGAACCACUCAACCUUGUGUACAUCGAGACUGCAGAACUCGAUGGAGAGACUAACCUGAAGGUGAGACAGGCCCUCCCAGUGACGGGAGACCUGGGGGAUGAUAUUGAAAAACUGGCAGAUUUUAAUGGUGAGACUGUAAACACACACGCACACACACAAUUUUUUCAUAUAGACCGUCUAAUGAAUGUCUUAGUCAUCUUUAUUUUUGGUUUCCUAGCCUUCAUGUGCUCUGUCCUGGCGAUAGGAAACUACAUCUGGGAAAAAAACGAGGGCUCACAGUUUACUGUCUUCCUGCCAAGGCUGGAGGACGAUCCUGCUUUCUCAUCCUUCCUCACAUUCUGGUCCUACGUCAUCAUCCUCAACACCGUGGUGCCCAUCUCUCUCUAUGUGAGUGUGGAGAUCAUUCGUCUGGGGAACAGCUUCUACAUCGACUGGGACAGGAAAAUGUACUAUGCCCACAAUGACACCCCUGCUGAGGCUCGUACCACCACUCUGAACGAAGAGCUCGGCCAAAUCAAAUACGUCUUCAGUGACAAAACUGGAACACUCACCCAGAAUAUCAUGAUCUUCAACAAGUGCACUAUUAACGGCAAAUGCUAUGGAGAUGUUUAUGACUACACAGGCCAAAGACUAGAAAUUAAUGAGUAUACAGACACAGUAGACUUCUCCUUCAAUCCGUUAGCCGACUCUCGGUUCGUCUUCCACGACCAUUCUCUGGUGGAGGCGGUGAAGCUGGAGAACACGGAGGUCCACGCCUUCUUCAGGCUGCUGGCUCUCUGCCACACUGUCAUGGCCGAGGAGAAGAAAGAAGGAGAGCUUUUCUACCAGGCCCAGUCGCCAGAUGAGGGCGCUCUGGUGACCGCAGCCAGAAACUUUGGAUUUGUCUUCCGCUCACGAACACCAGACAGUAUUUCCAUCGUGGAAAUGGGAAAGCAGUGCAACUAUGAACUCCUGGCCAUCCUGGAUUUCAACAAUGUCCGCAAGAGGAUGUCAGUCAUAGUGAGGAGUCCAGAGGGCAAGCUGUCUCUUUACUGCAAAGGUGCCGACACAAUCAUCUACGAAAGGCUGCACCAGUCCUGCAGCAAGCUGAUGGAUGUCACGACAGAGCAUCUUAAUGAAUUUGCAGGGGAUGGGCUGCGGACUCUGGCUCUUGCUUACAAGGAUCUGGAUGAGGAGUACUUUAACCAGUGGAUACAGCGCCACCAUGAGGCCAACACUGCACUGGAGGAUAGAGAGGACAAACUGGACCAGUUGUAUGAGGAGAUAGAGAAGGAUCUCCUGCUGCUCGGAGCAACAGCCAUAGAGGACAAGUUGCAAGAUGGAGUACCUCAGACUAUCGAGCAGCUGUCUAAGGCUGACAUCAAAAUCUGGGUUUUGACCGGUGACAAGCAAGAAACCGCAGAGAACAUUGGUUACUCGUGCAACUUGCUACGGGAAGAGAUGAAUGAUGUCUUCAUCAUCUCGGGCAACUCACUUGAGGAUGUCCAGCAGGAACUGAGAAAUGCCCGAACCUCCAUGAAGCCAGAUGCAGCUGAGAAUUCAGAGUUUUUACCCGAAAUGGAUAAAGGUGUGAAAGUGGUCACAGAUGAGGUGGUGAAUGGGGAGUAUGGCCUGGUCAUCAAUGGACACAGUUUGGCAUACGCUUUGGAGCACAGCCUGGAGCUGGAGUUCCUGAGGACGGCAUGCAUGUGCAAAGCAGUGAUCUGCUGCAGGGUGACUCCUCUGCAGAAGGCUCAGGUGGUCGAGCUGGUCAAGAAGUACAAGAAGGCAGUCACGCUGGCAAUUGGAGAUGGAGCCAAUGAUGUCAGCAUGAUCAAAGCGGCUCAUAUAGGUGUGGGCAUCUCAGGCCAGGAGGGCAUGCAGGCUGUGCUGUCCAGCGAUUACUCCUUUGCCCAGUUCCGUUUCCUGCAGCGCCUCCUGCUGGUGCACGGCCGUUGGUCCUACCUGCGCAUGUGCAAGUUCUUGCGCUACUUCUUCUACAAAAACUUCACCUUCACCUUCGUCCAUUUCUGGUUUGCCUUCUUCUGUGGUUUCUCUGCGCAGACUGUGUAUGAUGAGUGGUUUAUAACGCUCUACAAUCUGAUGUACACAGCACUACCUGUACUGGGAAUGAGUCUAUUUGAUCAGGAUGUGAAUGACGUGUGGAGUUUCCAGCAUCCUCAGCUCUAUGUUCCAGGUCAACUCAACCUGUACUUCAGCAAGAAGUCCUUCUUCAAAUGUGCCCUCCACAGCUGCUACAGCUCCUUGGUGCUCUUUUUUAUCCCCUAUGCUGCUAUGUAUGACACAGUGAGGGAUGAUGGGAAGGACAUCGCCGACUACCAGUCCUUCGCCCUCCUCACUCAGACAUGUCUGCUGUUUGCCGUCAGCAUCCAGCUGGGGUUUGAGAUGUCCUACUGGACGGCGGUUAACACGAUCUUCGUGUUGGGAAGCCUGGUGAUGUACUUUGCUGUCACAUUCACCAUGUACAGUAACGGCAUGUUCACCAUAUUGCCAUCAGCCUUCCCUUUCAUAGGAACAGCACGAAACUCCCUGAACCAGCCCAACGUUUGGCUGACGAUCUUCCUCACUUCCAUCCUGUGUGUCCUUCCCGUCAUUACCAACCGUUUCCUGAUGAUUCAGCUCUGCCCCACCAUCAAUGAUAAGGUUAUGUUCAAAGUGAGGCAGGCGAAAGCAACACCUGCUCCACCAACUCAACGCGCCCGCAUCCGUCGCACCAGCUCCCGCCGCUCGGGCUAUGCCUUCUCGCACGCACAGGGCUACGGGGACCUGGUGACAUCGGGUCGGUUCCUGCGGCGUCCUGCCCUGACGCGAUCUUCUGGUUUCACCCACGUAGGCCGCACCACUACUAGCUUCAGUCCAAUGGGACGCUCGGCCGGUUACAGCCCAACGGGACGUCCUCAGAAUAACAAGGUCCCAAACGUGGAGGUGACUUCCCUGCAGAUGUAUAGGACAAUCACAGAUUCUGCUCCCUGAUGAACGGCACAUUUAGGACUCUUUGGAGAAAUUUGGGAGCAAAUAAUUAACUACUGACUGGAGAGCUACAUGAUGUUGGCAGCCAGAAGUGUUCAAAGGUCCUAUUUGUUGCAAUGAAGAGCUUGCUUGGGCUUUCCAGAGAAGUUCAUGUCAAAGAUUUUUCAUACCUACACAGAAGACGAGGUUUGAAGAGUACAUGACUUUAGCUCCUUACAUUUUUCAUCAAAGGGAACUACAGCAACAAAUGUAGCCACUUAUGAUGGGUAUAUGAAUCGUCUUCUUAAGAUGCCAGCGGAUGAGAGGGUGAUUGAUGAAAGCUUUCUGUCAAUAUAGAUAACAACGGGGUGCUUUGUCUUCAAAUAGGAAAGGAAACAAUAUGUCAUCAUGUUUACAGGCUACCCAGUCUAUCUGGGAGUCCAGCUGGAAAGCAGUGUUUGCAGAGGAAAUAACGAGCAAAGCCAUGUCGCACAAGAUAUUGACUUUUUAAAAUCUUUUUAAAGCAUUUUAUUUUCUUAAUUUGAAAGCUGUACAAGCGGUCAGCACUUUGGCUGUGUCACAGUGGCAGUGGGGAAUAACCAAACAUAUCAUAAACUGCUUCUUCUAAUACAGUACUAUAUUAAGAGCCCAGGGGUGGAGUGGGGUGUAAUACUCAGAGAAGAAAACUCAUAAAUUUACAAGAGAAAUGUCGAGGAAUCGCAUCACUUAACUUUAAGGUUUGGUAAAACCAAAAAGUCACAGAAAGUAGAUUUUGGUUUGUUGAUAGAGUCUUUUUUAAACACUCUUAUUGAUCCAAAAAUGAAUGAAAACAUUUCGAUGGAGAGAGAUGUCGUUGGCGUUGUAGCAAAUUUAAAUUUGUGAGGUCUCUGCCCCAUAAUGAGUUUAUUUAUUUUAUUAAAGUUGAGCGCCCUGAAUACCCAGAGGUGGGUAGAGUAGCCAAAAAUUGUACUCAAGUAAUAGUAGCACUACCUCAACAUAGUUUUACUCAAGUAAAAGUAAAAAGUAGCCGUCCAAGAAAUUACUCAAGUAAGAGUAAAAAAGUAUUUAGUGAAAAUGGCUACUUGAGUACUGAGUAACUGAUAAUAACAUCUGAUUUAAUGUUUAAAAAUGAGCCAAUCAGACAGACAAAAAUCUAAAGUUUAAUACUGAAAAGCAAAAUAAAAAUACUACAUAUAAAAAAACAUAAUUACAAAAUAAUAAAUCUAAUCUUUUCAAAAUCAUUAUGAAACUAAUAUUUAGAGAAGGUAAUAUAAAUGUUGGUAAAAUUGGGUAAAGUACUUCCAGUAACAAUACAUGGUGAUGCUUUACUUCUCCAAAUGGCACAACAGGCUCAGCAGAUAGAAUAACAUUAAAACAACAAACCUUAUGUACGAACAAGAAGUCUCACUUUGACAUAAACUGCAGGUCUGUGUCUGUGUCUCGUGCAUUUUUGGUUAUUUUGUUUAUUAUUGUUUAUUAUUCAUUAAAUGAAGUUAUUCACACUGAGUAGCAAGAAUUUUUUCCUCAAGUAAGAGUAACAAGACUUCAUAAUAUUAUUACUCGAGUAAAAGUAAAAAGUACAGUGUAGAAAAACUCCUCUUGAAAGCAUUUUUUUCCCUCAAGUAAAUGUAACUGAGUAAAUGUAAUUAGUUACUACCCACCACUGUGAAUACCCCAUAAUACACCAAAAUAAAAAGCAAUAAUGAUAACAAUGUUUAUAUGGCCAUAAUAUUCUGCUUUCAACGAAGGUUUACACUUUGUGGUUUGUUUGUUUUUUAAUUUGUUUAUUGUUUUCUUGUGUGCUGAAAGCAUUUCACCAAACUUGCCGAAUUUGGGAAAACUUGGCAAAAAAUAUCUUAUUUUUGAUUUACAUCCAAACUGUUUAGAUAUUUAAACAAUAAAAUAAAUCCUGGAGUAUAAUGAGGUAUACUCUUUGCUUCAAGUAAGUUAUUGCUUACCUAAAACAAAUUAUUAGUAAAGGUCAGUUUCUUAUGAAAGCCCACAGCCCACUGCCCGUUUUUGAUUUCUGCCACAUUUGAUUGAUAUUAAACAGCUGUUCAAUGAUCCCAGUCGGCUGCUUUUAAGGAUAAAUUGCAAAAUAAAUGUGAGGAACUCACGAGAUAAUUGAAGAGACAUGUGAAAAGAAUAUACAAAUAUUUUGGACACUGUAUCAGUAUUCAUCAGCGUGUAAACAGAAUUAACGAGAAGAUAUGACUCCUUGGUUGAAUGACUCCAAACAUUCCCAGCUUGGUGACAAAUGUGGGAACUGUGUUCAAGGCUUUUACGUCAAUAUCUCAUAAAUCAAAAUCAACCCAAACUUUAUCUCAUUAUAAGAGAGUGGACCAAAAAUAACUUUUGCAGUUAUACAAUAACAACCCUUUCAUGUUUAUGUGGCUGUGCUGUAGUCAUCAAAUGGUGCAACAUGUGGAGCAUAGUGGUAAUGUAAAUAAGUUAAAGGGCAUAUACUUGAACAGCACAGGGAUACCAACCCAAAGGUUUCCGGUCUACCGGCUUAUUAUUUUUUACCAAAAAUUAAAGGACAGAUUGUUCUUUAUGUUUCCACAAAGUGGUCUUCAAUUUUCUGCAGUGCAACUUUAUAUUCCUUCAGCUGUGUUUUGAUUUACGUUUUGGUUACAGCAGCUGAUGCAUCCAGAUGCUGUCUGGAGCUUGUUUCUAACAGACUGUGUGUCUGAAACACACCUUCUGUGGCAGAUUGUGCAUCCUAACUAAUGUCCGAUUUUCCUCUGCCAUUAAACUAGCAAAACCAAAAGGGGAACCUGUUCCUCAUCGAACAAGAAAGUGGACUCUGGUGGCUGUAUAGAACCUAAUCCAAGUAAGACGUGCUGUAGAAACUUGAUAACAUCUACCUGUGUUUGGGAGGUUUAUCACAAUGUACACACACUACAGAGUUGAUUAAGAAAUCCUUUAAUCCAUUCAGGGACACAUUUGGCUUCACAUUUGUCUUCAUGCCACUGAGCACCUGUUUUGUUUUUUGUCUUUUUCGUGCAUUAAAACCUGCAGUGAGUGCGAACAGGGUUAAAAAACACUGCUCAGAUCAUUCCUAUGGACUGUGCUGUAUAAAUAAUAAUAUUUAUACCUCAUUGUAUUUAUCAGAUCACGUGCUUGGUAAUCACUUUGAAUUUCAUGUAUUUGCUUUAAGUUGUAAUGUAUGUCUGCAUUUGUCUUGAUCACCAUCUCUUUCUUCAAGUGUUGUAUCAGCCUGCUAAAAAUUGGAGCAAAAGAAAACGCACAUGCUGCCUUAUUAUUCAGAUAAAAUGAUAUUUUCUUACUUUUCUUAUUUUAUGCAACUAAGAAUGUUUGAUCAAAGAUAAAGCUGUUAAAAAAAAACAAAUCAAAGCUGAUUGCAGAUGUUUUAAGUUCAAAAAGGAAAAAUUUUAUUUUAUACAGUGAUUUUCAAUUAUUUGUUAUGUUAACGAUCACUGAAAGCUUAAACAGUGGUCCAAAACUGGUUUGGUAUUUGUCAAUUAAUGAUGUUUAAUGUCCGAUUUUUCCUUUUUGUUCCUUUUCCGGUUGUGAAUGUUGACUCUGUAAAAUUUAACCCCCAAUGAUACUUUUUAAAGGCUUCAUACAUUGUGACAAAACUACAAAGUCACACAGAAAUUAAUGCUGGAAGUGAGUGUGGUGAAACUGGUUUAUAACACAGUUAAUUUACAUUAUUUACAGUACAGGCAUUCUUUAUAGAAACAGUUCAGUGUUUGUAUAAACGGAAAAACAUUUUCUGUUGUUUUGGAAAAUGAUACUGCAAGUGACCUUUAGCCAAAAAUCAAAAUCAACAGAGCAAGUCGAGCUUUGAGUCAGAUGUUUCUAAUUUCAUUACAUUAGAUCCAACUUCUCAUUUUUUUCUGACAGCUAGUAAAUAAAUAAAAUGCAAAUCCUCCAGAGCUCUUUGAUGCUUGUGCACGUGUCACAAGCAUGGCUUUUAU